CAGAAAGAGCUCAAUCAGCGGAGACCAUAACUUGGUGCAUGCUAGUUCAUGUUUGGUCGUUUAUUGUUCUUUGUUUGGAUUUCGUGGCAAAGAAGAGAUGCGAGUAGGUCGAUUAAAGGAUGGGCACUCCGGCCCUGUCAACCUUCGUCAACAGUCUUUUUCUUCCUAUUUUAUGGUCCUUAAAGACCCUCUUGCCUUCGUACCGAUGUUUCUCAUAUCCCGGUAACCUACACCUUCACGUCGCGGGCGGUGAAGUACCACCAUUUUGUCCGGGACGGUACUACUCCUUGUAUUUUUUUUCUUACCAAUAUCAUCUACAAACAUGGUUCUCGUCAGUGAUAAGAAAUAUGCGUGGUAUGUCUUUCAUUACGUCCUAACCCCAUCAUUCGUCCUCAGAUGUACACUUUCCAGUGAAACGUGCAUAAAGGGGCAUCGCUCAUCCGCAUGUAAACACACGGAUCGCCCCCUUUUCGAAAUUAAGAAAAAAGGUCGUCCAGUCACUCAGUGUGAGCACUGUAGAGAACUACGAAAAACAAAACAAGUACACGUCAAAUGUUCAUGUGGAUCUCAAGAUCAAGGCGCCACUGGCGUCCACGAGGCGUCCCACAGCAAGAAGGUGACGCCGAAGUUACCGGCUACUGCUGCGUUUCCUCAUGGCCUUCCCGAGGCCCUUGAAACGCUAGCUACAUUGCUACCGGCAUCGGACGACUCAGACCAUAGCGGUGAAACUUCUCCAACUGGCUGUAGAUGUAGCUCCGGUGGCCCCUGCAAUUGCUGUAUCCCUCGCAAGCCUGUGACACGCCGUCGCUUCUCUGGUGCAGAGCCUCCUAAACGAGACAAGCUUCAUUCAGACUCCUCAAAGCACCACGAAUCCCUAUCUCCUCCUCUUUCAUCCCACGUUCUAGCGCGCAUUGCUGAGCUCCGUCCAGUACUUCCAAAACCGGCUCACAGGCAACACCCUCUCGACGGCUCCUUACAUAAUCCAUCUUCGAGUGUCCCUCACAGUCAUAACAUCCGCCAUCAUAACUAUGACUUCAGCCCUUACGGUCGCGCUUACGGGUACACUCACUCAGAUCAUAUUCAUGAUCAAAAAGGGUCGUCAUUGACCAGUGAUCCCCGCACGUUCGCUGGGCGCUCUGUCCAAUCCCCACAGCAAACACUGGGAAGUCAGCAUGUACCAGAUGCCUGGUCGCCUGCUGAGGUCUUCCCCUCUGUCUGUGCCUGUGGUGACUCAUGCAUGUGUCCUGGAUGUACCUUGCAUAACAAUCUACCUAUCACUGGUGGUGCUACCUUUGCCUCCUGCAGCAAUCCAUCCUCCUGCGCCUUUUGUCUCGAUUGUACCAUACUGUCCAUACCAGCAAGCAAUCCGCCUCCUAACAUCGAACCGUCCUCUGAUCCAUCACAAUCACAAGAAUUUGAUGAAUGGCUCAGACAGGUCGCACUUAGCCCGGGUGUCUCAAAUUCGCAAUCGAAUUUCAACUCAUAUGAACUGACUACGUCUCAAACACAAUCCUAUCAAAGCGGAAGACCACGGAUACCCGAAACUCCGUCCCCGCCGGUGGGGUGCUGCGGUGGGCGGUGUAAAUGUUCUCGUAAUUGUGCUUGCCUUCCAGACUGUUGUGGGUGCUGUCAAGGUUGUCAGUGUGAUAAUCACUGUAAUGAUGCGCGGUCUCGAACGACGUUCGCGGUAUCUGCUGGGAGGCGCCUUCCUGAGUUCAUGGCUAUGACGAAUAUCCGUGACCAGUUGUCUGCCUCCGGGGUGGGCGCUGGCGGUCAAGGGUACUAUGGUCAGCAGGGAGCAUUUGUGGAUUACUCCGAGGCUCCGAGUCGGUCGUCCUCUGGUUCCUCCUUGGCAAGUCGUGUCCCAACGAGACCUCCAUCCGGCCUGGGCUCUAGGCUGCUGGGGCAGAGUGGCCCUUCUAGUAGUACCAGAUCGCCGCCGGCACACGUCGUACCUUCCGGGAGUAUCCGUGGUUUUGCUACCUAUGCAGAGUCCGAAAGGGUUCGUGGGGCUGCGCCGUACUCGAGCUAUAACCCGUCGCUGGAUGCAAUGCGCUUCGACUAGGGAGGUCUGCCACCGAGUGAAUUCUUAUGGAUUUGAUGUUAUUGUCCUUUCAUUUUUACGUCGUACUUUCCAACUUCUUGUGGCUCACUGGUUUACUGAUGGACAUGCAGUAGCCGUGAUUGCCCCUUAUCUAUAUUUUUUCCCACUAUGUUUUUUGCCUUUCUCGACAAUACGUCUCGCUCAAUGGACACGAUAGAGAUCAUCUACAACGUCUACUGAGUUUUUUUUCGUUACCAUACAUAAC